AUGCCUCGUCUCUCUGCUCCCUGCUCUCGGCACCCUUUGCAACCUGAAGAGAAAACAGUAACCCCCUCCAGCUGCAAGAAGAGCCAGAAGAAGAAGAAGAAGGCGGCUGAGGCCAGGGCAGCCGCUCAGGAGGGAGGGGAUGAGGCGGCAGGGCGGGUGGCUGCGAUCGAGGGCCUCACACGGGCCGGACACCGGGCGCUGGCCCUGGGCGCGGUGCGGGAGGCAGUGGGGUGCUUCAGGAAAGCCCUGCUCCUCUCCAGGGACACAGCGAGCCCGCAGCUCCACAGGGCUUGUGCCUUCAACCUAGGGGCUGCCUACGUGGAGACUGGCAAGCCCAAAAAGGGCUUUGAGUUCCUCCUCCAGUCCCAGCCCUCAGAGGCGGAGAGCGGGGACUACUCGGGGAGCCUUUAUUUCAGCGUCGGGGCGGCUCACGAAGGGCUCCAGGAUUUUCCAAAGGCUCUGGAGUGUUUUGAGCAAGUCCCCGGGCACGCCGGUGCUGCUCAGGCUGGCAGCCGAGCGGGGACCUGCGUGCAGAUGGGCUGCUGCUACCUGGGCAUGCGGGAGCCGGCGCGGGCCGCGCGGUGCUUCCUGGACGCGGCGCAGGCCUACGCGGCGGCGGAGAGCCCCGGGGCCGCGGCCGUGGCUCUGAGCAAGGCGAGCGGCUCCAUGCUGCAGAGCCGGCGGUUCCGGGCCGCGGACAUCGCCGGCGUCCUCGCCCGGUGUCGCUCGCUCUGCGAAUCCAUCCCCGACCCGGCCCUGCGAGGGAAACUCUACAGCGACAUCGGGCUCGGCUACUCGCAGCUGCACAUCUUCUCCCUGGCUGCCGAGAGCUUCGAGCGGGCGCUGGGGCUGUGCGGCGGGGAGCGGGACCGGCAGCGGGAGGCGGCGCUGCUGCAGAACCUGGGCGCGGCCCUCAACGCCCUGCGCAGCUUCGGCACCGCGCUGGGCUGGCACCGGCGAGCGGCCGCGCUGCACGGUGCUCUGGGGAACCGCAGGGCUCAGGGGCAGAGCUUCGGGAACCUGGCGUUCGCCUGCAGCCAGCUGGGGAAGCACGGGGAUGCUGCCGAGAGCUACCUGCACGCCCUGCAGGCCUUCAGGGACUCCGGGGACUUGCAGGGGCAGUGGCAAGCGUGCGAGGGGCUGGGUGCAGCGUGCUUGCACCUGGGAGACGCCCAGAAAGCCAUCGGGCACUAUCAGGAGGCCCUGGUUUUGCUUUCCCGCUGUCAGGACAGCCCCAGAGCUGCCCACAAACGGGUGGUGCACAAGCUCACAGAUGCCAUCCAGCACCGACUCCACCUCAGCCACCUCUCCUACCCCAACCCAGGCCUGGAGCCCAGCCACCUGCGGUUUUGCUCCACGCUGCCCCGUGCCAGUGGGACACAGCUCCAGGGGAGCAAGGUGGGGAAAGCCCAGGCUGUGGACAAGCUGUAUUGGUGUACACCAGGAGCACAUCCCAGGUAUUCAGGCACAAGAGUGGCCCUGACUGGUGGUCUCACACUGGAGCCUUGCAACCCAAGUGGCCUCCUGGGCACCUCUGGGGAGGAUGAUGAUGGUCCCAGCUCAGCUCCAGGGUACCACAGUGAGCCCCAGGCUAACAGCACGAGGACCACCAGCCCCCUGCCCCCGGCCAAGCUGCCCCAUGCCAGCCUCCAGCUCCGGCACCAAAACCACCAAACCCUCCAUCGGAGGCCUUCAGAGAGGUAGGUGAUGCCUUGGGGGAGUGGGCAAGGGAGGCUUGGGUUCCAGAGGGGAGGGUUCAUGAGUGGAACCUCAUGGACCCAGCAGAGCUGUUUCUUGGAAUGGACACGACCCCAAGCUGGGGAUUUUGGUACCUCAUAGCCAACACCAAAACCGUGCCCUAUGGAUGGGGCAGCAGAUCUGAGGGUGGUUUCCAGUCCCCUGGUAUGAACCUCUUGCCCAUUCCUGCCUUCCAGUGCUUAAAGAGGCUCCAACAGAGCUGGAGAGGGACUUUGGACAAGGGCCUGGAGGAACAGGAUAAGGGGGAAUGGCUUCCCACUGCCAGAGGGCAGGGUUAGAUGGGAUAUUGGGAAGGAAUUCUUCCCUGUGAGGGUGGGGAGGCCCUGGCACAGAGAAGCUGUGCCUGCCUCAUCCCUGGAAGCGUUGCAGGCAAGGUUGGACAGGGAUUGCAGCAACCUGAGACAAUGGAAGGUGUCCCUGCCCAUGGCAGGGGGUGGGAUGAGAUGGGUUUUAAGAUCCCUUCCCACGCAAACCAGUCAGUGACUCCGUGAUUUGAUUAUUCCAUCUUGCAUCCUGCUGGACACCCUCACUCCCUGUGACACCUCUGUGACCUUGCAGGCGUGACAAUGACCCCGCUGCCGGCUGCUGGUCCCGCCGGGGACCCCGCACGGCCACCAGGACUCUGUCCCUCGUCUGCAGCCUCGUGUGACCGGGAGGACACCGGGGAAACGCCGCUUCUCGGGGCGCUGUGCAGGCCCAAACCGGAGGGAGGGUGGGCCGUUCAGCCAACACGGUUCUGACCCCGCUCCGUUUCUGCCAU